GCGAACGGUCGACUUGGAUUCACCGCGGCCCGUGGAGAUUCAGCGAAGCAGGAUGCCAGGGCCAGCCGCCACAAGAGUACGGCAACUACCCAGAUCAGCCUCCGGCGCGACUGGCAGUAUCAGGUGACGGCGGCAGGGGGCAUGGAGGCGGCAAAGGCUAUCGACGCGGAGACGCACGGCAACGCGCCGCGGAUGCGCGGCGGCAGUUCUUCGAAGACCAAUGACGGCGCGUUGCUGCAGUUGUGCGAGUACUGGAGCCCUUGA